AUGGAUUGCAUUGUGUUUCAGCACUCAUUCUUCCUCAAACCCUCAAAGACAUCCUUAAACCUUACACACCAGCUCGGAAGCACAAGUAGAAUUCGGGCAUGGAAGUUGGUAACUUGCUGCGGCAAUCGAAACGUAAACGGCUCUCUACCCCCUUUCGGGACACUCGAAACUGAAAUAACCAACGAAAUCAUCGAUUUCUUUGUGAGCGAUGCUGAGGGCGAUCCUGACCGUCCAUCUCCCGGCUACUCCCCAAUCGAACAAGCAAUUACUGCUUUGCGACAACAAAAGUUUGUGGUGGUUGUGGAUGAGGACGAAAUUGGUAAUGUAGAAGGGAGUCUUGUAAUGGGAGCAUGCCACGCUAGCGAGAAGAGAAUAGGAUUUAUGGUGAGACAUGGGUCGGGCAUAGUAUCGGUGGGGAUGAAAGGGGAAGAUCUUGAGAGGCUUAAGCUGCCUUUGAUGUCCCCUGAAAACGAAGACGAUUCUUCUGCUCCUUCAUUCACUAUCACAGUGGAUGCUAAAGUUGGGACAUCAACCGGUGUAUCGGCUUCGGAUAGAGCAAACACUGUACUUGCUUUGGCAUCCCCAAAAUCAAGACCACCCGAAGAUUUCAAGAGGCCAGGCCAUGUUUUCCCUUUAAAGUACAGAAAUGGUGGUGUUUUACAUAGAGUGGGCCACACUGAGGCUUCUGUUGAUUUGGUAACGUUAGCCGGUUUGCGGCCAGUCUCUGUUCUAACAUCUGUAGUUGACAUUGAAGAUGGUUCUCUGGCCUCCUUGGCCUAUUUAAAAAAGUUGGCCUCGGACCAUAGCCUUCCAAUUGGAGAUAUUGGAAAUGGGCAAGAUGUUCUUGUAAGGGUCCAUUCUGAGUGUUUGACCGGCGACAUUUUUGGGACACGCCGUUGUGACUGUGGCAAUCAGUUGGAUUUGGCUAUGCAAAUAAUCGAGCAAGCUGGGAGAGGUGUUGUUGUCUAUUUACGCGGCCAUGAAGGGCGUGGGAUCGGGCUUAGUCACAAACUUCGGGCUUAUAAUUUGCAGGAUGAGGGCCAUGACACAGUCGAGGCUAAUCUUGAGCUUGGUUUUGCUGCCGAUGCACGCGAAUAUGGUAUUGGUGCCCAGAUACCGCACGACAUUGGUGUCCACACAAUGCGGCUGAUGACAAAUAAUCCGGCCAAGUUUGCGGGUCUUAAAGGCUAUGGUUUGGCAGUUGUGGGACGAGUUCCUGUGCUAACACCAAUCACGGAGGAUAACAAGCGCUACCUUGAGACCAAACGGGUAAAGAUGGGUCACAUAUAUGGAUCUGAUAUUCAGGGGACAUCACCUCAUUUUAUCAAACCAACUAUAAAAGAAUCCAACCAAGUAUAGAAACAAGACCUAUCCGCCUAAGGUGAUAGGGUUCAAGUUGUAGUAAACUCACUCGUUA